CCAAACUGACAAUGCUGGUGAGAUGAAGAUAGUGUUGUUGCUGCUUCUGGGCUCACGGUGGACGACCAGAGGAAUCUACAAGGCGACAAUAUGAGAUCCAAGGCGAGGGCGAGAAAACUGGCAAAAAAUGACAGCGAGCCAGCGGACAGCAUGUACGACACAGAGGCCGACCACCCGGGCCUGGCGGCAGGAGCCAUUUGCACUGACAGUCCUGAAGACGACCCAGAGGAUGGCGUCAUCAGCAUGUCUCCCCUGCCCUCGCCAACUCCCUCCCAUCCAAACAACAACCACCACCUCCUGCUGCACCCCCAUAUGUACAACACCCACCAUCACCUCCACAAUAACAACAGCAGCAGCAACGACCAGGACUUCACCACGCCCAAGGAAGGCUCGCCCUACGAGGCGCCCGUCUACAUUCCAGACGACAUUCCGAUUCCUGGCGAUUUGGAGCUGAGGGAGUCUUCGGUGCCAGGUGCUGGCUUGGGCGUAUGGGCCAAGACGCGCAUCGGAGCUGGCGAGAGGUUCGGUCUGCACAGCAUGUGCAAAGGCACCUCCUUCGGAUGGGAGAUGAAUGACCAUGAAGAAUCCUCUCCUGACAGCUGCGUCAAAAAGGUCGUGGACGAUAUGGGCAACAUCAAGUUUUCUCUGGACACGAGCCCCGAUGCCCCCAGCAACAGCUGGCUCAAGUAUGUCCGCUCCGCCCCUUCGUUUGAGGAGCAGAAUCUCGCCGCCUGCCAUCUCACUGGAGACCAGAUUUAUUACAAAGCAGUCCGCGACAUAGAUUCGGGGGAGGAGCUAUUAGUUUAUAUGAAGGACGGCAUUUUUCCGGAGGGUUCCAUGGCACCCAAUUUACAAGAGGAGCAGAUGUACCGCUGUGAAGACUGUGACGAGCUGUUCUCGUCAACACUCGACUUGCGGCGGCACCAGAAAUAUUCCUGUUCCAGUGCGGGCUCCAUAUUUGACAGCCUGAGAGAAGACUUCAAACAGGAGCGGGAGGACAGCGACGAACCCGUCCACGAGUGUAAAGACUGUGAGAAGAUGUUCCCAAAUGAGUACAGUCUGGGCCAGCACAUGAUAGUCCACACGGAGGAGAGGGAGUACAAGUGCGACCAGUGUCCCAAAGCUUUCAACUGGAAGUCCAACCUCAUUCGUCACCAGAUGUCACAUGACAGUGGCAAGCGCUUUGAGUGUGAAAAUUGUGAUAAGGUACAGCAUACCCGGCACGUCUUUACAGAUCCCAGCAAUCUACAGCGUCACAUCCGCUCCCAACACGUGGGGGCACGAGCUCACACCUGUCCCGAGUGUGGCAAGACCUUUGCCACCUCUUCAGGCCUCAAACAGCAUAAGCACAUCCACAGUAGUGUCAAACCUUUUAUCUGCCCUGAUGGGCUGUGUCUUCUUGUACCCACAGGUGAGGUGUGCCACAAAUCCUACACCCAGUUUUCCAACCUCUGCCGCCACAAGCGCAUGCACGCCGACUGCCGCACUCAGAUUAAAUGUAAGGACUGUGGCCAGUUGUUCAGCACUACCUCCUCCCUAAACAAGCACCGCCGCUUCUGCGAGGGCAAAAACCAUUACGGCUCACCAACAGGAAUGUUCAAUCCUGGCAUCCCCAUGAGCUCCAGUCCUAUCAUGGCCAAGGCCAAGUCCCACCAUCCUCACCUUCCUGGUCUGAACCAGUCAGGUUUGGGCUUCACUGACUACUAUCCAUCCAGACCUCACCCUCAUGCUGGCUUGCCUUUCUCCCCAGGACCCCAUGGUUUCCCAUCCAUCCCACACAGUUUCCCAGGCAUCUUUCCUCCAUCAUUGUAUCCACGCCCACCACUAUUGCCAGCUAGUCCAAUGAUGAAGACACCGCUAGGAAACAGUACUCAAGAAGUCAAGCUGCCACAGAGUCCUCUCGAUGGCGCGCCAAUGUCUUUAGUUAGCUCCACAAACAGUAAUGGAGUUACCUGUUUAAGUCUGCCUGAGGACAAAGAUAGUGAGACUAGACUGGACUCGUCCUCUGGCGGAGAGGCAAAGACUAAAUCCAAGAUUGCAGACAUUUCCGAUGGCAGCGAUCUGGAAGAUGUUAACACCACAAGCGGGACAGAUUUGGAAACCACGACUGGUACGGCCUCGGGUGACGGUUCUGACCUAGAGAGUGAUGGCGAUAGUGAACGUGAACACAAUGGCAAAAGAAGAAAGCCAUCUGUGGUCCUAUCAAAUCAAGAUGGUCACCAGUUAGAGGACGCAAAAAGAGCACUCAUGCCAACUGUGUCUAAUUCAGGUAAUCUCUCCAUAGACCGUCCUUUUUUGUCUCCAGUGUCAAAACAGCACUCUUUCUUCCCUCCGCCUGAUGAGCAAGCCCUCCCGCCCACCACGGCAAAUGCUAACGCAGCCACCACCGAUUCCAUUAAAGCCAUUGCUUCUAUUGCUGAGAAGUAUUUUGGUCCAGGUUUGAUAGGUCUUCAUCAAGAGAAGAAGAUGGGUCCAUUGCCCUACCAUUCCAUGUUUCCCUUUCAGUUCCUACCCAAUUUCCACAACUCCCUGUACCCAUUUAGCGCUGAUCGAGGUGCCCUCAACUCUGGCCUGUUCUUUAAGGGAGAGCCGAAGUCACCUCGUGAGCAGCUACAUAAGAUGGUUUCUGGUGCACAUGGAGCUCCUGUUCCUACUGCAGAAUCACCAUUUGAUCUCAGUACGAAGCCCAAGGAGACCAAGUCAUCUCCUCCUACUCCAACUAACCCCUCAAACCCCAACACUAACAGUGGGAGUAAAAGGGGCUCUUCAGUUAUAUCUAGCGGUGAGGAACAACCAUUAGACCUCAGUAUUAACAACCGAAACCGAGGCAGUCACAAUGGUAUGGCAACCGAAGCACAGAAUCAAAAGAACCACAUAUAUGGCAUUGGAAAAGGGGUUUCCAUCAAGGAUGAAACUCCCAGCUUUCCAAUUCUUCACUCCCAAUCACUGCUCCAAUCCCCCAUUGCACCACUCCAGCAGCCCCAGCCACACCAACCACCUCCUCUGCACUACGCCAAACCCUCCGCCUUCUUCAUGGACCCAAUUUACAGCAGGGUGGAGAAGAGGAAGCUACUUGACCCUGUAGGAGCUCUGAAGGAGAAGUUCCUCAGGCCUUCACCACAGCUCUUCCAUCCACAGAUGUCUGCCAUGGAGAACAUGACAGAAAAACUGGAAAGCUUUGGUGCACUAAAACUGGAUAUGCCGCCCAAUUCACUGCAACAUUCAGCUCACCCACUAUUCAAUUUCCGCUCACCCCCUCCUUCGCUCUCUGAUGCCAUCCUCCGCAAGGGGAAGGAGCGCUACGCCUGCAGGUACUGUGGGAAAAUCUUCCCCCGCUCGGCAAACCUCACCAGACACUUGCGAACGCACACGGGCGAACAGCCUUACAGGUGUAAAUACUGUGACCGCUCAUUCAGUAUCUCGUCCAACCUGCAACGCCACGUUCGCAACAUCCACAACAAAGAGAAACCCUUCAAGUGUCACCUUUGCAACCGCUGCUUUGGUCAGCAAACCAACCUCGACCGCCAUCUCAAGAAGCACGAGCACGAGAACAUUCCUGUGAGCCAACAGUCUGGGAUGCUUUCCAACUUAGGAACCACCAUUUCCUCGCCAAACUCCGAGCCUGACAAUCAUGCACUUUUAGAUGAGAAGGAGGACUCGUACUUCUCAGAAAUCCGAAACUUCAUCUCCAACAGUGAGAUUAACCAGGCCUCCAGCUCCACGGAUAAGAGGUCUGAACUGGCCAAUGAGAAGCACCCGAGCGGCCCCAGAUUGUCCGACUCCAAGCUGUCCCUCCAAGGGCUGGAGGAGGAGGAAGAGGAAGCAGAGGGGGAUGACGAGGAGGAAGAGGAGGGCAGCCUGACAGAAAAGUCUCAUGACGAGGCCCCGGAAUCCCCAUCUCCAGUUACAACACGCGUGUAUGAGGAGGAGGAGGAGGAGGAGGAGGAGGCUACUCCUUUAUCUAUGAGCUAUGAACACUCUCGCAGGUGUUUAGAGGAGGAUGGCUCCCUCCUGGAUCUUGAAGGUCUCUCCAGCUUUCCCAAGGGCUUGGAUGGCUUACAAAAAGCAGCCCGUGAUGAGCAACAUUUUGACGUUAAAGACAUAUUUAACACAUCUCUAGAGUCGGAGACCUUGAAAGAGACGUUAUACAGGCAGGCUAAAACUCAGGUAUGUGACUGGGUGAAACCAGAAACCGUUAGUGACAUGUCUUUCUUAUUGAAAUAGAUAUAAUCUGGAGAUAUGAAAUCUAAAACCUCUUGUGAACUGUCUUCCACCUGUCUUGACCUCUUCCAUUUUCCAUUUUUCGUUUGGCCAUUUUUGGCAAGAGGUGGCAUAAAUUUGCCCGAGGAGACUGGUAGUAUACAUAAAUCCGUUUUCUUAGCCGCAUAUCCUCACGAGGGUCACGGGAGUGCUGGAGCCUAUCCCAGCUGUCAACAGACAGGUGGCAGGGUACAUCCUGAACUGGUUGCCAGUUGCAAUGUCGAGUGUCCAAUUAAUGCAUGAUUUUGGGAUGUGGGAGGAAACCAGAGUGCCCAGAGAAAGGCCACGCAGACACAAGGAGAACAUGCAAACUCCACACAGGUGGGUCCGAGAUCAAACCCGGGAUCUCAGAACUGUGAGCCCAACGCUUUCUAGCUGAUCCACCAUGCCGCCCUGGUAGUAUACAGUCGUUGCAAAUGUCUGCAACACAAAAAGAAGGAGGCGCUUGUCAGUGUGGCGGUCUCAGCACUCCCCCAUGAUGAAAAGUCUCCUUGUGAUGAAUGCCCAUGCAAUACUUACAGGGGAACUCUGGGUAUGUAGCAGACACUUAGUGGGAAAUCCCCCGGUCUCAUAGUUCCCCCUUUUUUUUUUUUUUACAUAGAGAGAGCUAACAUACGCUAUAUCCUAACCAUAACCUGGCCUUAAAACAAAAGUUGGUAAAAAAAAAAAAAAAAAGAUAUUCACAUAUAUGUACUUUCGCUGUGUUCGUCUUUCUGAGACGUCCAUAGCGAACAUGAACACUCGGCGACAAGUUGUAGAAUCGCACCUUUUGAAGCAUGGAUGGGGAUUUUUCAGACUGGCCGGAAGUUUACAAAACGUACGCGCAUGCGCGUUAAACACAAGGAGACUUUUCAGCAAUGGGAGCACUCAGACCGUCUCACGCCAACACAUUAGCAAAGCAUUUAUUGUGAAUACUGGUGGGCCAACUCUAAUGUUCUUUUUUUCUUUUCCUUUUGGCUUGUCCUGAUUAGGGGCCGCCACAGCAUGUCAUCUUUUUCCAUUUAAGCCAGCUCUAAUACACGUUUGAAAUGGUCUGAUUCUGAGUUUGAUUCUGAUUCUGAUGCUUCUUGAGUGUAGGAAGAAGGAAAUGAGACCCACGCUCACCAAUUCAUUUUAAGCAGUUCACUUAAUUGAACAAAAUCUGCACAUAUACAAAAUGAGAACAAUCACAAUCAGCUGCAGUGGUGUAGCCCAAAGUCACGUCCAGACACCCACAAAGAGACUAACCAUUUUUCUGAUGGCCACGUCGUUUAAAAGCACACGCACAACACUACAGAGAUUUUUGGAUUGUCCUAAUGUACAAUUAUUAGAUUUUAUAAAACCAAAGCUUUGUCUUUGUAUCUUCUUUGAAGGUUCAAGCUGUUUAAUGCCACACCCAGUUGGGGUUUACUGUCAAACUAAACAUAAAACAAUCCAACUUUUUCUUCAGGUAGUUUCAAACUAACACACAAUGCAAACUGCCAUAGACAAGCUCGCGAAUAGCAUAAUUAUUAUAUCUUUUAUAAUGUACUCUCCUUUAGAGUGCUGUUUUCCUCAAAAAAAAGCAUUUUUGUUCGGCUUUUUUUUGUUAGGGAAGCUGGAAUGGAUACAUGGCAUUUGAUAAAUUUCAAUGCGGAAAAUGAAUCUCCUACUCAAGUAAAUUGAAUCACAAGCUUGGAGACGCACAAACUAAACUCGUAAACCAUGGUUCCACGAUGUAAGAAAUAGAAAACAAUCAAAUAGGAAAGCGUUGUUGAGGCAUAAAUGAUCUCUUGCAAUAUUCUUGUGCUCUCUUGCAGGCGUAUGCAAUGAUGCUGUCUCUCUCCGACAACAACCCUUUGCACACGUCCUCCCAGAACUCUCUGGACGCUUGGAUGGGCAUGGGAGGCGGACCGUCUGAGACGAGCAGCUUUCACUCGCUCAACCACAUCUAGACAAGAGGGGGGGGGGGGGGACAGGAGGUUAGUGUAGUAGGGCGAGGGAGGAGCAGUUAUUUGCAUCGAGACACAAGUUGGCAUGAAGAACGGCGAAUUCAGUGUCACAUGCAUUCAGCGUGAGUGUGUGUGAGAUACAGACAGUAGGGGACAGAGAAAGGGAGUGGGAAUCACUCUAUAAGAAAGCACUGCUAAGCUCCUGUUGAUGUGAAACGACAUACAUGAUGAACGCUUCUCGACAGCAUUGAAACUUUGCCGAUCGUCCCCCAAGUGCACUCGUUCUCGCCUGGCCGCAGCAGAGAGCUGACGUGACACUCUGUAGACUAUUAAAUGACUUGUAUGUCACUGAAGGCGCUGUGCGUGAUGUCUGGAAGAAUUAAAAAAAAUAAAAAUUAAAAAAAAAAAAGAAAGCACUGCUGCGUUACGUCCAAGUGUCCACAAGGGGGUGGUCUUUCUCACUAAGUGACACUGAGAUGAAACGUGUCACCGACUGCAGAAUCAACGGCGGCGCCACACAAGAUGUGAGUGUGGAAAUGAACAAUUAAUACACACAAACUGAUGUUCUGAAGUGCAUACUAAAUUGUGAUUUUAGUGUUUUUUCCCCAGCUUGAUUCUGCUGGCAGUUGUUCAAAAUCACAAAUGGAAAUGUAUCAUUUCAUGUCACUCUUAAAUAUCAUUUGCUUACUUUCCUGUUAGCUAUCGCAGUAUUGUUUUGUUGAAGGCACCACCGUGCUAAAUUAUUAAUAUAAUUAUUUUAGAGAAGGACCAAAAUUGUAUGAUAAUGUCACAUGGUGUACAAAAUAACGUAGAUGUUCAUAGUGAGGGUGACACGUGCCAAAUAACCCGUAGAAAAUUUUGUUCUCUGACAAUCAUUUCAUUUCCAUUUGCUCCAAUAUGUUAGAUUUCAGAUGUGUGUGUGUAUGUAUUUAUUUUUUUUUUUUUUUUUUGCUUGUUCACUCAUUUUGUAUGAGGUGGCGGAUGUGAGGAUAAAGGAAAAGUCCUUUCUCUUCCUUUUUCCUUUUGUUGCUGAAGGAAUAAACACCGGUAAGAGAUUGAGAAUCUCCAGUUUUGGUGUGCCAUAAUGGAAACAAUCCAUGAACUGUUGGUUUUAUUUAUAGUGGAAGAUAGUUGUAGUUUUAGUGGCACUGUAAUAUACUGUCGUGUUUAGUUUCCCACUUGCAUCUGUCCCAUUUUACCCAGUAUAAGUAUUAUUGGGGGUGGGGGGUGCUUCACCACAAAUAUCACAUUGUCACAAAAAGACAUUAUUAUAAUAAUUACACAGUACAAUCUGGCAGGAUUCCACCAUAUUGCCCAAAAGGCCUGAACCAUUUGUACAGCCAAAUUUGGGUCUGAUGAAACCAAAAGACUCCUGUAAAGUACAUUUUCUGCUACAAAGGGCAUUAAAAUUCUGAUGGUUGGUCCUUUAUCCAGACAAAUUGUGAUGGAAUCAAUGGUGACCAGACUUUCCUUCUGGGGGCAUCAAACUCAUUCCGUUUAGUCUACAAAGUAGCAGGAGGGCAAUAUUUCUUUUGGCUGGCUCUUUUAAGCUGUAGAUAGACGUCUCGGGAGGGGUCACCCGUCAUCCUCCCUGUGUACUGAAAACUCGGCCUGAUGCUGUAUUUUUCAAGUGAGCACUUAAUGAAACCACACGGGUCCAAGCCAUACUUUGAUCAGGCUUAGGUCUCGACAACUUACAACUCGACGACAAGACGGAAGGAACACUGUACUUUGCUUUGGCUACACGAGGACUGCUGCGUCAUCUCAUUUUGCUAAAGACACAAAUCUCUCUCUUGUUUGAUCGAUCUCUUCGUUAAUGUAAAGAUGUGGCUCGUCUCGAUGUAGUGAUUCACGUCAUGUCAUGGACUACUGUAAUUAGAAUGUGCUGUGUAAAGGCGUUGAAGGCAUUGAAGCAUUCCAUUGUGCCCACUUCAGAAAAUAUUCUGGCUGAUGGUUGUCAAGAUAUUAAAACAUGGUUGCUGUUUUUCCCCUCACUGUUACAGGAGACAAAAAAAAAAAAACAAUAAUAAAAAAAAUAAAAAAAGAUAUUGUUUCUUACGAACUCUAUAGUAUUUCAAAGAUGGAAAAACAUUGGUGCAUUUGUCGGAAGGAAGAAAAAAAAUAAUGGAAAAAUAUGGGUUUAAAUGGAUGGUGCUUGUUUUGUUUGGAUCUGAGUUGUAUAUCGCCUAUGUUAUGUUUAUUGAAAAGCAACUACAACAACAACAAAAAAAGAUAUUGUGCAUGACGUGUUUAGCGUUCAUAAUUGCGUCCAUUUGUGAGUUGUGUAUCAAAUAAAAAAAAAGAAAAAAAAGAAAAAAAAAUGAAAUCCGUAGAUGCACUUAUUGUAAAUGUGGGUAGGUUAGCAGGUUUGACUUCAAGUUCUUGACUGCCUUACUCUUUAAAGAAGGUGGCUCUUACAGAUAUAAAGGACGAUUUGUGGGAGAAUACUUAAUGAAAAAUAAAACAAAACAAUAAAGGAUUGUAGAAAAAUA